GAUUCUUUUGUCCUCUGCAAAUCCUUUGUCCAGUACAGUUAAAAAGUUCGGGAUGAACUCCUCAUAGCCACUCCAACACGGGAAUCAUCGUGGUGUGUACGGAAGAUAUCAUGAGCAACACCGACAUUGAGACAGCCAAGUGGGUUCUGAAGAUGGAACAGACUCCGGACGCCGCGAUGUUCAACAGAACCUCCCCGUCUGUGUCUCCCCGGCCGUCCUCACCGACAUCGUCCUGGUCCAGCGGCGGCUCGCCCGCCCCCUCCUCACCCUCCUCCCGCUCCCGUCCGGGGAAGAUCAGGAGGAGCAAGAGUCUGAAGAAAGCCGAGAAGCAGUUAUCGGAGGAAGAACUCCAGGAGCUCCGUCUGAAAGUCAACCAUCGGGAGAGGAAGAGAAUGCACGACCUGAACUCGGCGCUGGACGGGUUGCGGGAAGUCAUGCCGUACGCUCACGGUCCGUCCGUCAGGAAACUCUCCAAAAUCGCCACGCUGCUGCUGGCCAAGAACUACAUCCUCAUGCUCAACAGUUCCUUGGAGGAGAUGAAGCGGCUCGUGAGCGAUGUGUACCAGAACGGCCACCGUGGUCACCACGCGGGGCUGCCGUCGCCGGCGGCAAGCUUACCGAGUCUGCACGGGCCCGCCAUGAGACCCUCCCCGCCAAUACUCCCGCACAGCACGCUUAUCAAGCCCGAGGCGACGUUCAGCGUGCCGCCCACCACAAGUCUACACCGGCCUGCUACCCACCUCUCCCCGAAGGACCCUCCCCGCAGCUCCGCGUCUGUCAAGCCCCAGACCAGGCCGCUCGGGCUCCCGACGAACCCUUUCGGCGUCUGGCCCAUCCCCUGCUCGUGCCCGCAGUGUCCGACGGACCUCUCAGUCGGCCUGCCGUUCGGAAAGAUGCCGACAUUUCACACAAGGUGACACGCUGCCUGAUCGGACAAUGUAUAAACUAUUGUACAGAACUGUAUACAAACUUCAAAUCGGGUAAACACUUGUGUUUAUCGACAGCUCAUUCUUACUAUUCACACUAUUGUAAAUUCGACUUUAUAGACUAUUUGUCAGGAAUGUUUGUUCCACACAGUGUCUUUUCGUUUCCAUUGUGGUAAACCAUGAGCCUUCCACCCCAUUUCACAUGAACACAGGGCCCACAAAAUCGCUUCAAGUCUCGAAUAUUUCUUGGGAUAGCUGACGGCUCACAUUCUCACUCACAAAUUUCAUCUAUU